GGAUAGGAAAGACGCCACUCGUGAUCAGCCCUCCCCUACUUCCUGAGUGGGAGGCGGUGACUUGCAGCGCGAGGUCAAGGGGAGAGCAGCAUGGCCGCCUUAUUCAGAGGGUCUCGGACCUUGUUACAGAAGAGCAAAGACCAUGUCAGCCUCGCGAUGGUGUGCCGGUCCAUGGCCUCUAAGACGCCAGUGGGGUUCAUUGGCUUGGGGAACAUGGGGAUCCCCAUGGCUCAGAACCUGCUGAAGAGCGGGUACCCCAUCAUCGCCACCGACGCCUUUCCUGAGUUCGGCAAGGAGCUGCAGGACCAGGGAGCACAGCUCCUGGACUCUCCGGCGGAAGUGGCGGAAAAGGCCGAUCGCAUCAUCACCAUGCUGCCGUCCAGCCCCAACGUCAUAGAGGCCUACACUGGGCCCAAUGGAAUCCUAAAAAAGAUAAAGAAAGGCACUCUGCUGAUCGACUCCAGCACCAUCGAUCCGUCCGUUGCCAGGGAGAUGGCGUUGGCCUCUGAGAAGAUGGGCGCGGUGUUCAUGGACGCGCCGGUGUCCGGCGGUGUUGGUGCUGCCAGUUUGGCGAGGCUCACCUUCAUGGUGGGGGGGCCGGAGGAGGAGUUCACCGCAGCCAAGGAGCUGCUGGGCUGCAUGGGAGCCAACGUCCUGUACUGCGGCCAAGUGGGGGCGGGCCAGGCGGUGAAAAUCUGCAAUAACAUGCUGCUGGCUAUUGGGAUGAUCGGAACUGCUGAGACCAUGAACCUGGGUAUCAGGUUAGGGCUGGACCCCAAGCUGCUGACGCAGGUCCUGAACAUGAGCUCGGGCCGCUGCUGGUCCAGCGACAGCUACAACCCCGUCCCCGGCGUCAUGGAGGCCGUGCCGUCCGCUAACAACUACCUGGGCGGCUUCGGAACCACACUCAUGGCCAAGGACCUGGGUUUGGCGCAGAGCACGGCGACCAGCACGAGCACGCCCAUCCCGCUGGGCUCUCUGGCGCACCAGAUCUACCGCACCAUGUGCGCCCGCGGCUACGCCAACAAGGACUUCUCCUCCAUCUUUCAGUUUCUGCGCGAGGAGGAGGUCCAGUAGGGGGCGCCCUCCAGCAGGCCCCACCCCCCUGGCAAGCCCCGCCCCCCUGGAAAGCUCCGCCCCCAGCCAGCUCCGCCCACCAGCGGUGCUUCCCGUCGCUGGUGUUGGUCAGUGGCCUAGGUGCUCCGUAGCGGCCUGGUUAGCGAUCGUAGCCAUGACGACGGCGGUGUUGAUUCCCGCGCGGCGCGGUUCAGGGGGAGGGCUGCCCGCGCACUAAGACUCAAACCCCCGUUUCCCCCCGGAUACCUGUUCAGUAGGCCAGUGGCUUCACGCCUUCACUUUCCUCACUCUGCAUUCGGGGCGCUUCAUGUGUUCAGUCUUUACAGUGUUAAUGCGCAGGGGUCGUGCUCAGUGUUCCGGCUGUGACCCCUGACCCCUGACCUCUCUACCUCACCCCUCAGCCCUGCACACUCACGGUGGAGGGCAAACUCAUCCUGUGAAAGUGUUUUUUUUUAUAUAUUCUCUGCCUUCCUUUCCCUCUUUGUCUCUCUUUCUCGCUUGCUCACUGUCUCUCUCUUGCUGUCUCUCUGUUUCAAUGCUCAUCAUAAGGUUUGAGUGUUCUGUCUCUCUCACUUCCUGUUGGAGAUGUGAGAUCAAUGUGAAAUCAGUGGUAAUCAACAUGAGAUCAGUGGGAGAUCAGUGACAGAUCAGCGACAGAUCAGCAUGAGAUCAGUGAAGGAUCAGCGGUAGAUCAGAGUGAGAUCAGUGAUAGAUCAGCGUGAGAUCAGUGCUGCUUCCUGCUCUCACUGCGCUGUGCAGUUCUUCAUCCAGGAGGCCGUGUCUCGGUGUACUGCUCAUAUUCAUGCCGCGCUGGUCUGAGCGCUUCUGUCUGCGCAGCCUGUUGCUUCUGUCUGCGCAGCCUGUUGCUUCUGUCUGCGCAGCCUGUUGCUUCUGUCUGCGCAGCCUGUUGUAUGUCUGCGCAGCCUGUUGCAUGUCUGUGCGUACGUGAUUUAACGGUUCGUUUGCUGUAAUUAGAGAAAUGUGACCCUCCUGACGGAGCUCGAGUGGAUGGCAUCGUUUGGAACCCAGUCCCCGUUCCCGGAUUCUCUCAGGACUUUUCCGAUCACACUGCUGAACUCCCCCGUGUCCGUACGCACGGACGGGACGCGCCCGUUCCUACGGUCCGGUUUCGGUCGGGACUGCUCCGGCUCCCCGAAACGCAGGACUGACGGGCUCUCUAAGGACAUUCCGAUUCACACACCGCCUUCCCUCCUGGUCUGGGUUCUGUACGGACCGUCCCUCUGUUGUCUAAUAAAGUUGGUGUCCGUAGUGACAAACACA